UCCCUCCUCCCUCAAGUUCUUGAUGAUACUGAGAAAUGAGGACCUAUUGUUUUUAGCCUGUUUAUUUCCCGGCGCCUAUGGAGAUCACUUUAUUGACUUGAUCGCUCUCCUCCCCACCCGCAAGGAACAAGCCAAAGCCCCGAGGGGGGGCUGGAAGACCCACACCCUCCCGACCCCCUCGGGACCGACCCUCCCUCCCUCUCCCUCGGUAAUUUAUUCUCCUCCCCGACCAUGAAAAUGCUCCUGGUGCGCAAGUUCCGCGUGCUGAUCCUGAUGGUGUUCCUGGUCGCCUGCACCAUGCACAUCAUGAUCGACCUGCUGCCUCGGCUGGAGCGCCGGAGCCCCGAGAGCCGCCCGGGCUGCUCCUGCCCGCCGCCCGCCGCGCCGCCCCGCGCCGCCCCGCGCUGGCCCGGCAAGCACACGCUGCGCAUCCUGCAGGAUUUCAGCGCCGAGCCCGCUUCCAACCUCUCGUCGCAAUCCCGGGAAGCGGCGGAGCGGGCGGCGGGAGGAGGAGGAGGAGGUGGAGGAGGCGGCGGCGGGGCGGGGGGGGCGGCGCGGGGCAGGCGGUUGAUCGCCCCCGGGGCUCCUCGCCCGCCGCCCCCCGCCGCCGCCGCCCCGCUGGCCGCGCUCUUCCAGCACCCGCUGUACCGCCUCGCCCUGCCCCCGCUGGCCGACGGCGACCUCCUCUUCAAUGUCAACAGCGACAUCAGGUUCAACCCGCGGGCGGCCGAGCGGAACGAGUGGCAAAAUGAAGAUAAUGAAGAAUUUUUGCCAACUGGAGAAACCUCCAUAGACUCCUACCCAAACUGGUUAAAAUUCCACAUUGGCAUUAAUCGGUACGAGUUGUAUUCCAGACAUAAUCCAGCAAUUGAGGCUUUACUACAAGACCUGGUCUCCCAAAAGAUAACCAGUGUUGCCAUGAAAUCAGGAGGCACCCAGCUGAAACUGAUCAUGACGUUCCAGAACUAUGGACAAGCAUUGUUCAAACCGAUGAAACAAACCAGAGAACAAGAAACCCCGCCUGACUUUUUUUAUUUCUCGGACUAUGAAAGACAUAAUGCAGAAAUAGCAGCAUUUCAUUUGGACAGGAUCUUGGAUUUCCGUCGUGUGCCACCGGUUGCGGGUAGACUGGUUAACAUGACGAAAGAAAUACGAGAUGUUACUCGUGACAAGAAACUAUGGAGAACAUUUUUCAUCUCACCAGCCAACAACAUCUGCUUCUAUGGGGAAUGCUCCUACUACUGCUCGACAGAGCACGCCCUGUGUGGAAAACCAGAUCAGAUUGAAGGGUCUCUGGCUGCUUUCCUACCUGAUCUUUCUUUAGCUAAAAGGAAAACCUGGAGAAACCCUUGGAGACGUUCCUACCACAAGCGCAAGAAAGCAGAAUGGGAAGUCGAUCCAGAUUAUUGUGAAGAGGUUAAACAAACACCCCCAUAUGACAGUGGGACCAGAAUUCUGGAUAUAAUGGAUAUGACAGUUUUUGAUUUCCUAAUGGGUAACAUGGAUCGACAUCACUACGAAACGUUUGAGAAGUUUGGAAAUGAAACAUUCAUUAUCCACUUAGAUAACGGAAGAGGGUUUGGAAAAUAUUCCCAUGACGAACUUUCCAUAUUGGUGCCUUUAAACCAGUGCUGCAGAGGUGUUUGCUGGAGUCUGCUGAAAUAUAGCACUCUCUGUGUGAUCGCAGUGCUUGCCGGAGCACCUGGACGCCUGCAGAAGGUGCCAUAAAUCAAGACUACAAUCUGUGCGCAUCUUCUGAAUCCUCAUGCGCAGCCAAAUGACAAAUGAAAGUUAAAGGUGUCAGCAAAAUGUAAGCAAUGCAGCUGUGAAAAUCCGGGUGGGGGAGAAGAAACAAACCCAAAAUGACAACGGGAAGUUGAUGGUCGAAUCUUUUCUCGCAGACACUGAUGCAUCAGACAGGAGCACCAUUUACUGCUCUGAUCUCAGGCUGAGCUUUGGAAAUGGAGGACAAAUCCUCUUCUGAUUUGUAAACUAAGCAAAUCAGGCUAUCCAAAAUCGCAAGCAGCUUUGCUUCUAGGAUACCGUCCACAGUUCUUCACCGUUACAAUUUGCUCAACCUCUUAGAGUAGCACCAGGAAUCUUUGCUGCAGGCAGCACUUUAUAAAUAGUGAAGAUAAAAGGCUUUUCUGGUUAGUCCAUUGAGUGGCUUACAUCCUUCUCCAGAUCAAAUCAGAACCUUUUCUGCUGAUUUUUAAGCAACUACUUCCUAAUCAGUGAAGACAGGGGUUUACAGGAGCAGAAUUUAGGCCCAUUAUCUUCUUUCACUGCCCCAUUUACAGAUGAAUAAUCUCUCUGACUUUCUCAUGGCUUUCUGAGCUAUUGCUUAAAUAACUUAUUAUUAUUGUUUAACUUUUCUCUAUAUCACUAGCUGUUUAGUUCACUGAUCUACACAGGAUUUCCAUUUUUAUGGAGGCUUUUUGAUCCUAGAUAAAUUCCAAACUUCAGUAUUUAUAAAUCAAGACCUUUACAAUGAAGUCUUUGCAUUUUAAUCACAGCUUCAUGUAAAUACUGGCAGCGGCCUUUAGACUUGAUUGUUUGCAGCAAGUUUCCUUAUGUUCAUCAUAUCUACAAAGCCCUUUGUCACUUUGUGACAUAUCUAGUAGACUUCUAUAGGAGCUUGAGUGAACUUAAUGGAAAACUUCCCAGCAGUUUCAAGUUUCUUUGGAUUCAGCCCAGAGCAUCUGUGGAGGGCCAGUACAGUACAGAGCUUCUUGCCUGAGCUUCUGAGAAACACCCUGGAAAUAGAGAUGUUAAAAAUUAAAAGAGCUUAAUGGUUGUACCAAUGUUUUAUUUGACCUGGUGAUGUUAUAUGUGUUUCCUGGUUAAACAAUAAUCCCUUGGCUAUUUACACGGGGCUGUUUUGUAACAGGUGAAAAUAAAUGUUGGUAACCAAGGAGGAAGGCUAAGAAAUUAUAACAAAAAUAUAUGGACUACACAAUCUUGUGUAGUCUGCAGGGAAGAUACAAACCAGUUGGCAGACUGCUGCAUAUUUAUGAGAGCAUCUCACACAUCCUCACCGUUAUUAGAGCAUCUUACCUUAAGCCUAUCAUGUUUAAUUAGCAUUGUAGCAGGUUCAGACGCUUAUUUUCCAGUUCUGCACACUUUGCACUCCAGACUGGAUAAUACAGACAUUGAAUGCUGGCAUCUGGCAAGCUUAUUUCCCAUCCACCAGCAUCCCCAGCAGCCUGAGAGCCUCUUCUUUACGUGUUCCCCCGUGCUGGUAGAAGUUGUGGUGAACUGACAGAUUAGGAACUCCUUCAGCCAGGCAACAAGCUUCUUGCUCAUUCGUCAGCUUUCAAACCCCUUUGCGAGGCUCACCUAAACAGCACAACAUCGUGAGGUGGGUUGUUCUUUCUAUUUGGGCAUCUGAGGCCCAUUGUUCAGUUUUCAGCCUUCAGUGCAAAACUGCAGAUGUAUCAGGAACCGCAACAAAGACCACUGCAGUUGUCCUGAUUAAGUGAGAGCCCA